AUGAGCAGUGAUAGAUUCGCUGAUCCUCGCGAGGGGGGCAACGAAGAUGAGGCCCCUAGUGGCCUCACGGAUGCCGAUUUUGAUUCCAACUGGGAUGAAGCCAUUGAGACGUUCGACGGCAUGGAGCUCCCCGAUGAGUUGCUUCGGGGUAUUUACUCAUACGGUUUCGAGAAGCCUUCUGCCAUUCAACAGCGAGCCUGUAAGCCGACAAUGUUGGGAAAGGACCUGAUCGCUCAAGCCCAAUCUGGAACGGGCAAAACGGCGACCUUUGCGAUUGGAACCUUGGCCAAGGUCGACCCAAAACAGCGUGACUGUCAAUCUCUCAUCUUGGCCCCAACCCGUGAAUUGGCGCAGCAGAUUCAAAAGGUCGUCUUGGCCUUGGGGGAUUACAUGGACAUCCAAGUGCAUGCGUGUGUCGGUGGUACCGCCGUGCGUGAUGAUAUUCGUACCCUUCAGCAAGGAGUCCAUGUUGUGGUGGGGACUCCUGGUCGUGUCUCGGACAUGAUCAAUCGUAGGGCCUUGCGUUUGGAUCACAUUCGCCAAUUCUUCCUGGAUGAAGCCGAUGAGAUGCUUAGUCGUGGGUUCAAGGAUCAGAUCUACGACAUUUUCAAGUUCUUGCCUGAAUCAGUACAGGUCUGCCUUUUCAGUGCUACCAUGCCCUUGGAAGUCUUGGAAGUUACUGAACGCUUCAUGCGAGAACCUGUCCGUAUUCUGGUCAAGAAGGAUGAAUUGACUCUUGAAGGUAUCAAGCAGUUCUACAUUGCCGUGGAACACGAAGAAUGGAAGUUGGAUACUCUCUGUGAUCUUUACGAGACUCUCACCAUCACUCAGGCUAUCAUCUACUGCAACACUCGACGCAAGGUCGAUUGGCUUCAAGAGGAAAUGCAGAAGAAGGACUUUACUGUCAGUUGUAUGCACGGAGACAUGGACCAGCGAGAGCGUGAUAUCAUUAUGCGUGAAUUCCGUACUGGAUCUUCUCGUGUCUUGAUCACAACGGAUUUGUUGGCUCGCGGUAUUGAUGUCCAGCAGGUGUCGCUCGUCAUCAACUUUGAUCUUCCCACCAACCGUGAGAACUACAUCCAUCGUAUCGGUCGUUCCGGACGUUUUGGUCGUAAGGGUGUUGCCAUCAACUUCUUGACCGAAGCUGAUGUUCGUUACCUCCGUGAUAUUGAGGAGUUCUACACCACUGAAAUUACUGAGAUGCCCAUGGAUGUGGCUGACCUCAUCUAA